CAAUUUCGUAGCAUGAAUUGGGACAUCAAGUAUAGAAAUGGUUGCAAUACUCCAGCAGAAGUCAUUGAGAAGAGUAAAAUUCUUAACAAAGGUAUCGAAGGAGAGCAUGUUGUGGUUGGUCACAUGGUGUAUUGGCGUCGUAAGUUUCCAGAGUUCAAGCGUCGUUAUCUGCAGGAUUAUCCAAGGAGUCGAGAGCUUUUCAAAUACCGUAUGGAGUGUGAAUCACAAUCACAACAAGUUAUUUCACAAAAUUUAAUAGAAAAUACAGAUCCUCAAAUUGAAUCCAGCAUCUCACAUAAACGAAAAUAUAUUGAAGAAAAAGAAUUAUUAGAUUUUUUUUCUAAUAAUUCAGAUUUUAGUAAUAUUAGUUCAGAUGAUUCAGAUUAUACACGUAGAAAAAAGAAAGGCAAAUCAGUUGUUGAUUCCGUUACUAAAAAUUUAAUAGCAGAAAAAGAAUCAGCAGAUCUUGAACAAGCUAGAAUUCAGUCAAAUUACGUAGAAUUAAACAACAAAUUACAAGAUCCAGAAGAAUUUUUGUCAGAAUCAGAAUUGUACGAAUCGGGUAUUGAGCUUGAUGUUUCUGAAGAUAAACCAAAAAAUACUAAGAAACGCAAGCAUAUAGAUAAUAAUAUUUCUAAAAAUUUUGAACAAAAAAACAAAGAUAAUCCUGAAUUUAAACAGUUAAAAAGAUUAUUUAAGUAA